AUGGACCAACUUUUACUUCCGAGGAUCUCCUGCCUGGGGCUUGUGUAUCCACCUUGGUAUUUCGCUUUCAGUGACCCAUCCUACACAUUUCUUUUCUCUACUACCUCUAACCAGCACCUCUGUGUUUCAGAUUACCCAACUGACACAAUGUCACAGACUACGGUUCAGCGGUUACAGCAAGGCAGUGUUGUACUGACCGAUUUGGAUGGCCUCUUGGUCAAUGCGGAGAAUUUCAAUCAAGUGUUCAUCCAGCGCAUUGAUGCAGAAUGGAUGACCUCUACCAUAAAUCGCGUGGUGAAAAGCGAGCUCCACUUGCACAAACUCGUCCAAGUGCUUAUCAAAUACGUCGUGUCUGAAAUCCAUCCGGAUUGGAGCUACCACGCGCUUGCUUGGCUCACUCACCUAUUUGAAUCCCCUGUUGUGCCGCGUUUCCCUAUGACAGCUACUCUACGCAAGUCUUGUGGUCCCCUAUUGUCAUACGCAGCGGAGAUGUCCGGACUACGUGACCUCUAUUCUCAAGCAGCGCUAAGGGCAACUGUCGCUGAGAAGUGGGCCGCCUCAUCAUCGCGUUUGCCAAACGGUGUUCCGCACAAUUUUUACUACGGAGGAUUAUUUGAUAUUCCUUCCACUGGCUACGUGUAUGUUGAUGAUUCGGAUGAAGACUUCGGUCAACGUUCCUCCCGACUUCGUGGUAAGCGCCGUACUCAACCCCCACCCACGGACCUAGAUUCUGCGUCUUCACAGUCCCACAUUGUGAUGGAACAAUCUGAUGUCUCAGAUGAAGAUGGUUACUCUGGGGACAGGAAUAUUGGCAUAUUUGGGUCGGAAUCGGACGAUGAUGAUGAGUUGGUGAGCGGCCCCGAGUUUGUUGUUGGCACUGAUGACGAAUCUGAUCAUGGUGUUUUUGACGUCAAUGAAACAGCAUCAUCGGAACAUUCUCUUAGUCAAGAGCAACUUCACCGUGCAGAAGAUACUGCUUGGAUGGAUGGGCUUCCAGGCACCGAUCUUUUUUCAAACGUAACAUCAUCCAAAUACGUUCCACAGAGCGAACAGUCAGAUGAAGAGAAUGAGACUGUCGACCAGGAUUCAAGUGAGGAGGAAGAAGAGCUGGAUCUUCUGAUGUGGGCACGCCAAGAAGAGGACGAGCGCCUUGAAUCCGAGGAACCGGAGACCUCAUCCACCGAGUCCGAACGUGAUGCCGUCGAAGCGCGGUCUCCGAGCACUCCAAAGCGAAAGCGCCCCAUUACCGGUUCGAACACCUUGUCCGACCGGAAAACGAAGAAGCGGGCACCCGACCGGAAUCGAACCCGUUCCGAAAAGACUGAUAAGAAGCUCUCGAAGCGCAAACGAGCCCGUUCCGGCAAAUAACCCAAACAAACUCGGGCCCCAGAAUACCGCAUCUCAUCUCGAUUAUUGCCACUUCCUUUGUUUGUCCGUCUCUGAUUAAAAUACACACGUCUUAAUCGUGUUUUCAACUU